GUGACUUAAUUCGUUUAAUCGGUCAUGGAUCAUCUGGAAAUUAGACUGCAGAGUGAGAUGGAGAGUUGAAUCACACCCUUGGAGUGUUCGGCAACAAUGUCGAAUCCAGAGCCGGGACAGCAGCUGGCGAGGCGACCUUCGAGAAGUGCCGCCUCCUCAACGUUUUCCACCGAAGUCUUCGACAAUGAAGUUGUUCCCUCCUCACUCGCUUCCAUCGCUCCCAUUCUUCGAGUAGCCAAUGAGAUCGAAAGCGAGCGCCCCCGGGUUUCUUACCUUUGUCGGUUCUAUGCGUUCGAGAAAGCGCACAGGUUAGAUCAAAGCUCCAGUGGUCGUGGUGUAAGGCAGUUUAAGACGUUAUUGCUUCAGCGGUUAGAGAGGGACAAUGCAUCCAGUUUGGCCUCUCGGGUUAAGAAGACAGAUGCAAGAGAAAUCCAGGCUUAUUAUAAGCAAUACUAUGAACAAUACGUCAGAGCUCUUGCCCAGGGUGAGCAAGCAGACAGAGCCCAGCUCGGCAAAGCUUACCAAACUGCUGGGGUGCUUUUUGAAGUGCUUUGUGCUGUUAACAAGUCCGAACAGGUCGAGGAAGUAUCUCCUGAGAUCAUCGAGGCUGCAAGAGAUGUCCAGGAGAAGACAGGGAUAUACACACCUUAUAACAUCCUUCCUCUGGAUUCUGCGGGGGCUUCUCAGCCUAUCAUGCAGCUUGAAGAAAUCAAGGCUUCUGUUUCGGCGCUUGGUAACACUCGUGGCUUGAACUGGCCUCCUUCGUUCGAGCAGAAGAGGCAGAAAGCUGGAGAGCUAGACCUUCUUGAUUGGCUUAGAGCCAUGUUCGGGUUCCAGAGGGACAACGUCAGGAACCAGAGGGAGCACUUGAUUCUGCUUAUUUCUAACUCUCACAUAAGGCUUCAUCCCAAACCUGAACAUCUCAAUAAGCUUGAUGAUCGUGCUGUUGAUGCAGUGAUGAAAAGUCUCUUUAAGAAUUACAAACAGUGGUGCAAAUUUAUGGGACGAAGACAUAGUUUACGACUCCCUCAAGGUCAGCAGGAUAUACAACAAAGGAAGCUACUUUACAUGGGUUUGUAUCUUCUCAUCUGGGGUGAGGCAUCUAAUGUUCGCUUCAUGCCAGAAUGCCUUUGCUAUAUAUUUCACAAUAUGGCAUAUGAGCUCCAUGGCUUAUUGGCUGGAAAUGUCAGCAUCGUUACCGGUGAAAAUAUCAAGCCCUCAUAUGGCGGUGAUGAUGAGGCAUUCCUUCGUAAGGUUAUCUCUCCCCUGUACCGAGUAAUUGAAAAGGAAGCCGAGAAGAGCAUGAAUGGAACAGCUCCUCAUUCAAGUUGGUGUAACUAUGAUGAUCUGAAUGAGUAUUUCUGGUCAUCUGAUUGUUUCUCUCUUGGAUGGCCCAUGCGUGAUGAUGGUGAUUUUUUUAAAUCAAUACGUGACCAAUCACAGGGAAGGAAGGAUGCCCCUAAAAAACCUCGAAGCACUGGCAAAUCUAAUUUUGUCGAGACCCGGACAUUUUGGCACAUCUUCCAUAGCUUUGACCGUCUCUGGACCUUCUAUUUUCUGGCUUUGCAGGUAAUGUUUGUUAUAGCAUGGGAAGAUGUUGCGCUGGUGGAAGUAUUUCAGAAGAACGUCUUGUAUAGUCUAUCUAGUAUAUUCAUUACAGCAGCCAUUCUACGCUUACUUCAAAGCAUCUUGGACCUUAGCAUGAACUUUCCUGGCUAUCAUCGAUGGAAAUUCAGUGCUGUGCUAAGAAACAUUCUCAAGCUAAUUGUUAGUCUUGCGUGGGCUGUCAUUCUUCCAGUCUGCUACAUACAUUCCUUCAACGGUUUACCUCAUGGCCUCGAGAAGCUGUUUGACUCUCUUAAUCAAGUAAAGGACAUUUCGAAAAUCUCACCAAAAAACGAGGGCAUUCCAGCAUUGUAUGCUGCGGUUGUGGUGUUAUAUCUACUUCCAAAUUUACUAGGAGCUUUUCUCUUUCUUUUCCCGAUGCUCCGGCGUUGGAUUGAAAACUCGGAUUGGCACAUAGUUAGAUUCCUCUUAUGGUGGUCACAGCCACGAAUCUAUAUUGGGAGGGGAAUGCAUGAGAGCCAAUUUUCUCUCCUAAAGUACACUAUUUUCUGGUUGCUGCUCCUGGCAUCUAAGUUUAUAUUCAGCUUUUUCAUCCAGAUAAAACCUCUAAUUCGUCCCACGAAGGACAUAAUGAGGAUCAAACAUAUCAACUAUACUUGGCAUGAAUUUUUUCCUGAGGCUCGUCAUAACUACAGCGCGGUUGUGGCGCUCUGGGUUCCUGUACUUUUGGUUUAUUUCAUGGAUACUCAAAUUUGGUAUUCUGUUUUCUCAACCAUUUAUGGAGGUGUUUAUGGAGCCUUCGAUCGUCUGGGAGAGGUUCGCACUUUGGGCAUGCUAAGAUCGCGUUUUCAGUCAUUGCCUGGUGCAUUCAAUACAUGCUUGGUGCCUACGGAUCAGAAACAAAAGAAGAGAUUUACACUUUCGAAGAAAUUUGCUGAGAUUAGUGCGAGCCGAAGAAGUGAAGCUGCCAAAUUUUCUCAAUUAUGGAAUGAAAUUAUUUGCAGUUUUCGUGAGGAAGAUCUCUUAAGUGAUAGGAAAGGGCUUAGAGCUAAACUCUUUGAUUUCUUGCUUUUGUUUAUGCGCGUAGCUUCUCUUCCAUCUCUUGACUGUUGUGCAUCACUUAUUUUUUGCUUACUUUACUCCAGGGAGAUGGACCUUCUGCUGGUUCCUUACUCGUUAUCAGAUCCUAGCCUGAAAAUAAUUCAGUGGCCGCCCUUUCUGCUUGCAAGCAAGAUUCCUGUAGCACUGGAUAUGGCUGCUCAAUUUCGUGGAAGAGACUCUGAUCUUUGGAAGCGUAUAUGUGCAGAUGAAUAUAUGAAAUGUGCCGUGAUUGAAUGCUAUGAAGCUUUCAAAAAUAUCCUGAAUACUUUGGUGGUAGGAGAAAAUGAAAAAAGGAUAAUAUCCAUCAUCAUCAAAGAAGUUGAAAGCAACAUCGCAAAGAAUACACUUCUCACAAAUUUCCGAUUAGGAUUUUUGCCCUCCCUUUGUAAGAAGUUUCUGGAGCUUGUAGAAAUUCUGAAAGAAGCAGAUCCAUCCAAGCGACAUGCUGUGGUACUCUUGCUGCAAGACAUGCUAGAAGUGGUUACCAGUGAUAUGAUGGUGAAUGAAAGCAAUGAAUUGGUGGAGCUCGGUCAUAGUAAGGAUUUUGGAAGGCAACUUUUUGCUGAUGGUACUGAUGCAAAACCUGCUAUACUAUUUCCACCUGCUGUUACAGCACAAUCGGCAGAACAGAUAAGACGUCUUUAUCUUCUCUUGACAAUGAAGGAAUCUGCAAUUGAUGUGCCAACCAACCUUGAAGCCCGCAGAAGGAUUGCUUUCUUUACCAAUUCAUUGUUUAUGGAUAUGCCACUUGCACCACGCGUUCGUAAAAUGCUCUCAUUCAGUGUCCUAACUCCAUACUACAGUGAAGAGACUAUCUAUUCAAAGAAUGACCUUGAGAUUGAAAAUGAGGAUGGUGUGUCAAUCAUAUAUUACUUGCAAAAGAUCUAUCCUGAUGAGUGGAAUAACUUCAUGGAGCGACUUAAUUGUAAAAAAUACAGUGACAUAAUGGAGAAAGAUGAGAAUGUAUUGCAGCUUAGACUCUGGGCUUCCUUAAGGGGACAGACUCUAUGCAGGACAGUUAGGGGAAUGAUGUACUACCGGCGUGCUCUGAAACUCCAGGCUUUUCUCGAUAUGGCCAAUGAGAAAGAGAUACUGGAUGGAUAUAAAGCCCUCACAGAUCCCUCGGAUGAAGAUAAUAAGAGCCAGAGAUCCUUGUAUGCUAGUCUAGAGUCUGUGGCUGACAUGAAAUUCACAUAUGUUGCUACCUGUCAGAACUAUGGGAAUCAAAAGCGGAGUGGAGAUCGUCGUGCAACAGAUAUCCUGAAUUUGAUGGUUAACAAUGCCACGCUUCGUGUGGCAUAUAUCGAUGAAGUUGAAGAAAGAGAAGGUGGAAAAUCUCAGAAAGUUUAUUAUUCUGUACUGAUUAAAGCUGCGGACCAUCUUGACCAAGAAGUGUAUCGAAUAAAACUGCCGGGGCCGGCAAAGCUAGGAGAAGGGAAGCCUGAAAAUCAGAAUCAUGCCAUCAUUUUUACUCGAGGGGAAGCCCUUCAGACUAUAGACAUGAACCAGGAUAAUUACUUGGAAGAAGCUCUGAAAAUGCGUAACCUUCUGGAAGAAUUUGGUGAGGAUCAUGGAGUCCGCCCACCUACUAUAUUAGGUGUCCGCGAACAUAUCUUCACUGGCAGUGUUUCUUCCUUGGCUUGGUUUAUGUCAAAUCAAGAAACAAGUUUUGUUACAAUUGGUCAAAGAGUCCUGGCAAGACCCCUAAAAAUUCGAUUCCACUAUGGCCAUCCAGACGUUUUUGAUAGAAUUUUCCACAUCACACGAGGAGGAAUAAGCAAGGCUUCUCGUGGCAUCAAUCUGAGCGAGGACAUUUUUGCCGGUAAAUUCGCAAAACAUCUUUCUAAACCGCUUUUCCCUCUGCUUCAUAUGAGGCCUUUCGCCUAUGUAGGUUUCAACUCAACGCUAAGACGCGGAAAUAUCACACACCAUGAAUAUAUCCAAGUUGGAAAGGGCAGAGAUGUGGGGCUUAACCAAAUCUCACUCUUUGAAGCAAAAGUGGCUUGUGGUAAUGGAGAGCAGAUACUAAGUAGGGAUAUCUACCGGCUGGGGCAUCGUUUUGACUUUUUCCGCAUGUUGUCAUGCUAUUUUACCACUGUUGGAUUUUACAUCAGCUCAAUGGCUGUGGUCAUCACAGUUUAUGCUUUCCUAUAUGGAAGACUUUACCUGUCAUUGAGUGGAUUGGAGGAAUCCAUAAUGAAAAUAGCCAAGAAAAGUAAAGACGAUCCCUUAAAGGCUGCGAUGGCUUCACAAUCCCUCGUUCAGAUAGGUCUCUUGAUGAUUUUGCCUAUGGUCAUGGAAAUUGGACUCGAGAGAGGGUUCAGAACUGCCUUGACUGAUGUCAUAAUUAUGCAGUUACAACUAGCUCCGGUUUUCUUCACUUUCUCACUAGGAACAAGGAUGCAUUAUUUUGGGCGCACUCUCCUGCAUGGUGGUGCAAAGUACAGAGCCACUGGACGUGGCUUUGUGGUCCGUCAUGAGAAGUUUGCGGAGAACUACCGGUUGUAUUCUAGAAGUCACUUUGUAAAAGGGCUAGAGCUCGCUAUAUUGCUUAUAUGCUACAUGAUUUAUGGAUAUACAAAAGGUCCGAUAGCAUAUGUCCUUGUGGCGGGCUCAAUGUGGUUUAUGGUGUGUUCUUGGCUGUUUGCUCCGUUCCUCUUUAAUCCUUCCGGUUUUGAGUGGCAGAAGAUAGUGGAGGAUUGGGACGAUUGGUCUAAAUGGAUCCAUAGUCACGGGGGUAUUGGUGUUCCUGCGAACAAGAGCUGGGAAUCUUGGUGGGGUGAGGAACAAGAGCAUCUGCAGCACACUGGGUUUCUUGGGCGGUUUUUGGAGGUGGUUCUUUCCUUGCGCUUCUUUGUCUAUCAGUACGGGAUUGUGUAUCACCUAAAUGUAGUUGAAGGAGUAAAGAGCAUCAUGGUUUACGCCCUGUCGUGGAUAGUCAUACUAAUUGUCAUGGUCAUCCUAAAGAUAGUGUCUAUGGGUAGAAAGAAAUUCAGUGCAGAUUUCCAGCUGAUGUUCCGCCUCUUGAAAUCGUUUCUAUUUAUUGGGUGCAUUGUUGGUCUGGCCUUAAUGUUCACUCUUAUGAAUCUCACAGUUGGUGAUAUAUUCGCGAGUCUACUAGCGUUUUUACCAACAGGAUGGGCACUCGUCAUGAUAGCACAAGCAUCCAGACCUAUGGUGAAGGGCAUUGGAAUGUGGUCGUCAGUUAGAGCACUAGCAAGAGGGUACGAUUACCUGAUGGGGGUAGUUAUAUUUGCACCAAUUGCAAUAUUGGCUUGGUUCCCAUUUGUUUCGGAAUUCCAGACCAGGCUGUUAUACAACCAAGCAUUCAGCAGAGGGCUUCAGAUCCAGCGCAUUCUUGCGGGUGGCAAGAAGAACAAGUAACACGAAACUGAAUGGAUGGAUUGAGGAUGAUAGCAGGAUAUUAUGCAGGCAGAGUUUAGGAGUACGGAUAUAGGCUCAGAGUGAUUUUAGCAGAAAUUAUCAGAUGGUGAACUAAGUAUCAGUUGGGCGUAGGCCAAACUCCUAAUUCUUUGCAGCUUUCAGGGUGUAGUGUUGUACCUGUGGGAUGGAUUCUGUAACCAGUUUAAAAUUGUUGGAGCUCUUGCUCAUAUGCCUUCAAUUCCAAUAAUGAAUUCUAGAUAUGCAAGUA